ACGCGCUGAGCUGUCUCUUCACGCAGACGCACGCGCAUUCGCAUAUCUUUAUAAGUUAAUUAUUGUAAAGCGAUCGUAUAAAAAUACUUUCUUUUCGAUUUAACAAUAUAAAUCACUUCAUCUCACUACGAGAGAUGUAUUUGUAUAUAAGAUAAUCUUGACUAAGUCAUGUACAUGAUUAAUUGCGUACAUGCGGUAAGCGUGAUACUUGUUAGAAAAGAACGCGUCAUUGGAUAGAGCAAAUAAACAGGGAGAGCGUCGAGAGAGCGAUAGACAGUCGUGACCGAGAAACCUCGCGGAGCGGUUCGUGAACGCGCGUGUAAUUUGUUUCAGUGAAAGUAUAAAAGAAUAUGUAUAUGUGUACGAAGUUUAUCUUGCGCAACGCGAGAUAAUCAUUGAACAAAAUCACACGCGCAUAAAUAAUCUUUGUUUAUCGUUGAUACAAAAGUUAAAACGUUGUGACAUUUAAUAAUUGAUAGCAAACGACAUUUUGUUAAAAAUAUCUGAUGUACGUAUCUGUUAAAAUAUGUUGGACGUUAACGAUACGCGCAAGAACAUUUCGAUGACUGCUAAAAUGAUCGACGAAAGCUGUAAGAUCCAACUGCAAGAAACAGAGGAACUGAUUGAUAAGACGAAAUCACAGAAUCCGCAACUUUAUAUCGAAUUCAACAAUCUCUGCUACUCUGCAACAUGUCACGAUGGCAAAGGUACGAAGAAAACGAUCUUGAGCAAUGUAACAGGACACUUUAAACCGAGUAAGUUAACGGUCAUAAUUGGUCCAUCCGGUGCGGGUAAAACGACAUUGCUAAAAAUCUUGUCGGGCGAACGAUUAGUCAACGUUAAGGGCACCAUCACCAUAAACGGCGUUGAACAUGAUAGUGGAACGUUCCGCAAACAAAUGUGUUACGUGCCGCAACAAUUUUCUUUACUGCCGUUUCUGACAACGAAGGAAACGCUUUACAUUGCGGCUUGUUUAAACUUCGACGGUAACCAGAGCAAGGAACAGAUUUCUUCGAUUGUGAAUGAAAUUGCAGAAAAUUUAAAUCUGUCAAACUGUUUAAACACUUUGGCAAACAAGUUAAGCGGUGGCGAAAGAAAAAGAUUAUCAAUUGGUGUGGAGAUGAUCACCAAACCGUCAGUUCUAUUUUUAGACGAGCCAACAAGUGGUCUCGAUAGUGCGGCAUCAAAUCAACUUAUUAACGUGCUACACGAUAUGACAAGAGCAAAUUGCACUGUGGUCUGUGCGGUUCAUCAACCCAGCAGCCAGAUGAUCUCGCAGUUCGAUGAUAUUAUGGUGCUUAGUCAAGGAAUAUGCAUAUAUUGUGGCCCAAAGAGUGAAAUCUUAGCUACUUUCAGCGACGCUGGAUUUACAUGUCCUGAUUUCUACAAUAUUGCCGAAUUUGUACUCGAAGUGAUAACUGAACAAAGAGGCGGAGAUUUAGAAAAUCUAUACAAGAUUUGCCAUGAUAAGUUUCAAUCUCACAAUAAAGAUACCAAAAAUGGAACAAAUUCGUCGACUUUUACGCAUACUGUCGAAAGAGACGAUACAUUUAGCGUGAAACCAAAAUUAUCAACAUGGCAACAACAAAAGAUAUUAUUUUUAAGAUCUUUAAUUUGCAUUAAGAGAGAUAGUACCAUGACAAAAUUGAGAUUUGCGGCACAUGUCGUAGUAGCAAUAUUAUUAGGAGUAGUUUUUUAUGACUUUGGAGAUGACGCACAAAAAGCACAGAGUAAUAUAGCUUGCUUAUUUUUCUUUUUAUUAUUCUUAUUUUUCGCAAAUUCCAUGCCAGCCGUGCAAAUGUUUCCUGUGGAAGCGGCGGUUUUUAUCCAAGAACAUUUAAAUAAUUGGUACGACUUAAAAUCCUAUUACAUUGUUAAAAUAUUAACAGAUCUUCCGAUGCAAAUACUUUGUUCGUCAUUCUUUUUGCUUAUAUCAUAUUACGUGACAGGACAGUCAAUGGAAUGUAACAGAGUUUUACAAGCGUGGAGCAUUUGCGUAUUAAUCACAAUUCUCGGACAAACAGUUGGUAUUCUUACAGGCGCAGCUUUCAAUACCGAGAUAGGUACUUUCUUAAUACCGGCAUUAAGUAUACCAUUAUUGCUGUUUGCUGGAUUUUUCGUGAAAUUAGGAGAAAUGUCGGUGUAUCUGCAACCUUUAGGCACUGUCAGUUUUUUCAGAUAUGCGUUUGAAGGAUUGAUACAGGCGAUUUACAUCGACCGAUCGAAUUUGACGUGCGUAGAAAUAUAUUGUUACUUACAGUCUCCAAGUACAAUUCUUUCGAUGAUGGAUAUACCAACAGUAUCGUUUCACACAGUUGUGAUGAUACUUGUCUCAUGGAUAUUCUGUUUACAUUUAAUUAUCUAUGCAAUAUUGUGUUGGAAAAUUUAUUAUGCCAAGAAAUAAUUAUGUAACAAGAAAAUAUUACUUUAAAUAUCUAAUUUUACAUGUUAUUACAAUACAAAAGUAUUUAAUUUCUUCGGUGUAGUAGGCAAAAUGUUAUAAGAAACGUUUAAAAGAAUGCAAAGAAUAAGAACGUGAAUUUAUACAAUAAAAUUGACUAAAAUAUAAAAUGAUAAUAAAUAUAUAAUACCUUUUAUUUUUUUUUUACCAAUUAGUAGACUAAUAGGAAUAUUAAAGAUAAAUUUGACCUUUUAAGGUCGGAUCCAACGAUGGCAAUGAGUUAGGUAAACAUCAUUGCAUGUGAACAUCAAAGUUAAGUGGGACGUUUCGAUCUUUAUUUAGAUCAUCUUCCAAUUAGCUAAUUUAUAUAAAAACAAAUUGUACAUAGUAUAACAAUAUAUGCGAAAACAGUAUCCAUGAUUUACAAAUAAUAUGAUUAAUCACAUAAGUCAAUCAUAAAGACUCGAUAGAAAAACCAAAUUAAAAUUAAACCUUAGAAUUAAUAAUCAAAAUUACACAUCUUAUGUGAAUAUAAAGCUAUUCGAUUUUCUAUAAAUAACAUAAUAAUAAUAUAGUAAUAAGAUAUGCUAAUAAUAUGAUGAUAAAAAUAAGAAGUCGC